AUGAGUGAAAUUGUAAGAGCUGCGGGUCUGCUGAUCUUUCGAAGAGCUAGGGAAAUUGAAUUUCUUCUGCUGAAGGCAAACUACGGAAAGCGCCACUGGUCGAUUACGAAGGGACAUGUUGGAACGAUUUACGAAAAAGAGUGGACCCUACGUUACGAUGUCAAAAGCCAUAUCGAUGGAAUCGUCAGACCAAAAACUGUUAGAAUUUGGCUUGCAGAGCAAAUUUCUGGCGCUGCUGUUCUCUCUGAGGAGCACAGCGAAAUGUCCUGGGGAAACGAAGAGAAAAGCUGCCACCUACUCUCUGACUAUCAAGACAUGCAGGAGCUUGUUCAUGACGCUGUACACUUUAUCAAAAUGCCCGCCGGACGAAGAAAAAGUCUUCCUUGA